GUGCUCGCGGCACCGGAUGCAGCCCAGGUGAGGCCCCGCCCCCCUCAGGUGCGCCUCAUUAAAGAGCUGUGAAAGCGGCUGGACGGCGUCUGUCCGCGUGAAGAGAAGGCGCCAAACUCAAAGUGCACGAUGUCAAGCAGCGGAGCGGAAACGGCAGCUCAGAGCCCGCUGCGCUCCUCCAGCUUCUGUUUCAGCCCGUGGUCGUGUGUCUGUGUGAAGGGCUGGUCGGCGGCCGUGUGGAACGGCCUACCUGACCCGCUGCUGGCCGCCGCCGCCGCCUCCGGAUGCUCCGCCCCCGAGCCGUGGCUCCUCCCCGGCUGCAGCUCCGUCUACGACAGCCUGGUCAGUAACGUGUCUCCGCUCCCGUCUCCUCCUGCUGCCAGCGGCCUGCGAGGGAGAGAGAGAGCUGCCGGCAACAAACCUCGCAGGCCGUCCAUCCUGGAGCGUUGCAUCCUGAAAGUGUCCACCAGCAGUGUGGCCGUGGGGACGGACGACCUGGACAACAAGAGGCCCCCUCUCGGUCGCUGCUAUCCCCGCCUCCCGGACCCGGCAAACACCGAGACCAACGCUGCGGUUCUGAAGCGGCGGCAGAAACAGAUCCAAUACGGCAAGAACACCAGCGGCUACCAGAGCUACCUGCAGCAAGUCCCCAAACACCUGAGGGAUCCUAAGCUCCACCCGUCCACUCCCAACAAGUACAGGAAGUACAGCCGGCGCUCCUGGGACAUGCAGGUGCGUCUGUGGAGGCGAGCGCUGCACCUGUGGGACCCUCCGACGGACACCCAGCCGGACGCCGCUGACGCACGGGACCCAGUGGAGCAACUGCAGAGCCAGCUGGCGAAGAUGACCUCUGACCUGUGUGAGGACGGAGGAGACGGGCAGAGAGAGAAGGAGACUCCAGCAGCCUCUGAAACCUCCUCUGUGUCUCCUCUGUCGGCCGUGACGUCGCAGGAGCUGCCUGGACCCUGGAACAGCCCGCUCUCACCGAUCUUCUGGCAGGAUGCUGAGAGCAGCCACAGGCCUCUUCGCUCGCCUCCCGGCCUGAGCUACUCCUUCGCGAGUCAGCUGACCACCGACGACAACAUGACGGACUGGCUCCGCCUCCUGCUGGAGGCCGACGACCCCCGAGAUUUCGGCUCUGAUGACCAGCAGGUUCCUGUUUUCUCGGACCAGCUGUUCUGGAAUCCGUACUGAUGGUCACCGGAUCUCCACCCACCUGAAACAAACGAGGUUCAGUCGUCGGUCAACGUCUUUAACUCCUCAGCCCUCGUCGAGGGAAGUCGUCUGGACCCUCUAACCUGUCGAUCCUGAAUGUGUCGGAGUAAAAGCGUGCGUGUGGUUUCAGUAUCUUUUUAAGAUGGUUAACGACAGCAGGGACGUGAUUGGUCCUCGAUCAGAGUGGCCUCCGCCCCUCCGUGAUGUCUUCUCGGCGGGAGGAGGGCUGCGACCUGAAGGGAACCCGAGAGGAACCGCGUUCUUUGCUCCGGCCCCGGAAGUGUUGGGAUUUCCCGGGCCGCUCUCGAACGCGUCCUCGGCUCGGACAGCUGAACACUUUGACCUGAGCGUGGUACUAUAGUUUGCACUUUCUGUGUUUAUGUUGAACUGCAUCAGAUGGAGCAUUUCUCACCUGCAUCAUGUUUUACUUUGAUCCUGCACUGAAGGAAAGGCUGCUGAUCGUUUUGUCCUUGAAGUCACUGGUUUAGUCUCUUUGUGCCGUCGGGUGUCACUGCCGUUGUCUCGGGGCCACGUCCCCUUCACGCUCCGCUGUCUGUCUGUCUGUCUGUCGGGCUCAGGCGCCACGUCCUCCUCUCUGUACCUCCAUGUUUUUUCUAAAAAACACACCUUGAUUAGUGGAGGAGAAAACGCUGUCACUUUGUGUUGUUGUGAGUUUUCUUUUUUACUUUUUUGUGUUUCUCAAUUUGUCAUUUUGUGCUGCUUGAAUAUCGAGCGCGAAGCUGAAGGAUGUGAUUAAUAAAGAUGUAAAUAAAGUGUUGGAAGUUCA